CUUGUAUGACGUAAGACGUAUUUUUGGGCAAAUGAUGCAAGCUUGAAGGUGUUGUGCUGUGCUGUGCCGUGACGGCGCUAACGAGCAGCCGGGUUACAUUCUUCCAAGAACAGAUGUUUACCUUUCUUGGAAGUUCCAGCCAACGGGUGGGCAUGCUUAUGAGUGAACUUCCAAGAUGUGUGUGUAUGUGUGUGUGUGUGCGUGUGUGUGUGUGUGUGUGUGUGUGUGUUUGCGCGCGCGGGUGUGUGUGUUCUCUUCUCAUAUUCCGGCCGUGCUGUGGGAGGCUGACGGUGACUUAGAUGUUCUGAUUCACGAAUAGAAGGACUUUAGACGAGAGCUCGACGGCACGCUGAGCCACAGCUACGUGAGGCCGGCGUUUGGUGUUCAACCCUGGCUCGCAGGUCCAAAGUGACCCACUUGGCAGCGGUAUGGGCCCCCGGGUUGGAUUCCUACCCAGCUGAGGCCAGCAAGCGUCGUGCGGCGCCUGCCAACCAUCACCACCAUCACCAGCACUGCUGCAAACACUGCUGCAAACAUUCCUUUCUGCAGCCCGGGGAGGGGAAAAGGGAUGACAACAGCAUUUUUGUGUUAAUGGACGAAGAUGACAAGGACAAAGCAAAACGUGUGUUGCGCAACAAGUCCGAGAAGAAGCGGCGAGAUCACUUCAACAUCCUCAUCAAAGAGCUGGGCACCAUGUUGCCAGGCAACACGCGCAAGAUGGACAAGUCCACUAUUUUGCAGGAGAGCAUCAACUUCCUGCAAAAACACAAAGAAGUCGCUGCCCAGUCCGGGUCGACGGAGAUCCGGCAGGAUUGGAAGCCGGCGUUUCUUAGCAAUGAGGAGUUUACUCAGCUGAUGUUAGAGGCCUUAGACGGGUUCUUCCUGGCGAUCACGACGGACGGGAACAUCAUCUACGCCUCUGAGAGCGUCACGUCGCUGCUGGAGCACCUUCCUUCGGAUCUGGUGGAUCAGAACCUGCUGAACUUCCUGCCCCGGAGGGAACAUUCAGACGUCUACAAGGUGCUGUCAUCUCAUGUCCAGGAGGGGGAGACACUGACCCCCGACUUUCUGAAGACAAAAAAACAGCUGGAGUUCUGUUGCCACAUGCUCAGAGGGACGAUGGACCACAAAGAGUCACCCGUGUAUGAAUACGUCAAAUUCAUUGGAAACUUCAAGUCCCUCAACAAUGUGCCUGAUUGCGCCCACCAUGGAUUCACAGAGAUCGUCAUUCAGCGAUCGCUCCACUCGGCCUUUACGGAGCAAAUGUGUCUCGUUGCAACUGUGAGACUUGCCAAACCCAAAUUCAUUAAGGAGAUGUGCACUGUAGAGGAGCCUGAUGAAGAAUUUACCUCCAGACACAGUUUAGAAUGGAAGUUCCUCUUUUUAGACCACAGAGCUCCGCCCAUUAUUGGCUACCUGCCGUUUGAGGUCCUGGGCACAUCAGGUUAUGACUACUACCAUGUGGACGACCUGGACACGUUGGCCAAAUGUCACGAGCACCUGAUGCAGUACGGAAAAGGAAAAUCCUGCUACUACCGAUUCCUCACAAAAGGGCAGCAGUGGAUUUGGCUCCAGACGCACUAUUUCAUCACCUACCACCAGUGGAACUCCCGACCUGAGUUUGUUGUCUGCACGCACACUGUGGUCAGCUACAGCGACGUGAGAGCAGAACAGCGGCGACAGCUGGGACUCAAAGUGCCGACGCCUGAGAUGACGCCAGACAAGAAGUCGCACGCCUGCAGCUCAGCGCCGCCACCGGACGCGUACAACCUGAAGGAGGCGCCGGAGCACUUCCUCCACAGCAGGACGCCUUCGCCGUCGUCCCGCUGUUCGCGUAAAUCCUCUCACACGGCAAUGUCGGACCCCUGUAAGGACCACUCCCUCACGCGGGGUGAGAUGAGCACGCCAGGUCGCCAGUCUGGGUCCGAGGUGGCAUCGCGGAGAUCAUCAGCUGGCAGUCAGCCUAGAAGCACAACACAGAUGUCGUCACAACAGGAACAACAACAAGUUCCAACAAAUGCUCAAGUAGCCGUCCAGCUGGAAUCCAUGCAGCAGAUGAAGACGCAGCUGGAGCAGCGCACACAAGAGAUCGAGGCCAACAUCCAGCGGCAGCUCGAUGAGCUGUGGAGGAUCCAGCAAGAGCUGCAGAGGGUCCAGGAGCAGGGUUGGCAGGUGCUGGUGCAGAAAGCAGCCGCGGGACUGAACGCCAGUACGGCGCAGCAGGGGCCUACGCUCAGCAUGCAGGGCCCGGCGGUCUCUGCGGGGCCAAUGCAGAGCGCCACCCAACAGCAGAACACGGCACAGCCUCCACAGGGUACGCUGUCGGCUUCGAGUCUCUACAACACCGUGAUGAUCCAGCAACAAAACCCGGCAAACGUGCAGCAGAUUGCGUCAAACGCUCCUGCUAUGUUCACGCAGGAUGCCCAUAUUAGCGCUCGGCAGCUGCUCACCAAAUGGGUCACGGGACACAUGGCGUGCGGCGCCGUCAUGGUCCCGUCCACCAUGUUCAUGGGCCAGGUGGUGACCGCUUUCACUCCGCAACCGGGACGGACGCAGAGCAUCAGCAUUUCCCAUCAGCCACCAGCAGCACCUCAGCAGGAGCAGUCUCACCUGGUGCUCAAGGCUCUGCAAAUGGUCCAUGGAGGUCAGCCCGCACAGCUCAUCAUGCCGGAGGCGUUCCCUUUGCAGCAGGCUGGAGCCUACUCAAGCACGAUCAACAACAACCACAACAAUCUCUCUUAACAUAACACAAACAAACUGCAACAACAGCCCCCCAACACUUUGCCCAAUCAUUCAGUGUCGCAGCUGCAGUAGCAGUUUACAGCCACCAGAGGGCAGACCGGACACUGCACUAAAAGAGUCGCGUUUGGACUAUUCAACGCCAAAAAGGCUGCGAUGGCGCCCUCGUGUGGCAGGAAGAAGAGAACGGCAAGAAUACAAAGCCGCGCCCCCUCUUUUUGUGCGUUUGCGCUUGUUUACUUUUAACGCAGUUAUGCAAAAAAUCAGCUUCAUCAUUGUUAAAUAUGCUGAUUGGAGUCCUUUCGUGGUCCAGAUUUACUGUACACAUCAUGUAAAUACAUAUUGGAGCUAUAACUACUAUUUUAUAUUGAGAGGAAUGCUCUUUUUCUAGUAUUGGAAGACGAAAAAAAAAAACCCGUUUCAUUUCCACCGAUUGUCUGAAA